AUUCACAGUAACCAAAGACAAAAGUCCCCUUAUCUCCGCUGCAGUCGCUGUCCGCCUGCAGAACACGACUUAGCUGCCAGACAGGUUCCACAUUGUGUCCAAACUCCAAACCGUGGCCGGGAGCUGCCUGCAGGCGCGUCGCUGUGGCUUGUGUUUACAAAGUGCGCCUCUGCACGUUGAUUUUUACGUUAAAAGCUGCGCGUUUUCUUGAGAAAAGUCGCAGAAGAAUCACCGUCGGUGUUUAUUCUUGUCUUUUGUUUUCUUUGACGUUUUCGACUUGAGUUAUGGCUUCUGCAUGGCAAAACGUCCUGUCACUGCACCAGUGGAUAGUGGAGAAUGGAGACAAGAGGACAGACCCAUGGCUGCUGGUGUACUCGCCUGUCCCGGUGCUAGUCAUCUUCCUGGCUUACCUCUGUGUGGUCUGGGCUGGCCCUCGCUUGAUGAAACACAGGGAACCCGUUGACCUCAAAGCUUUCCUCAUUGUUUACAACUUGGCCAUGGUGUGCCUGUCUGCCUACAUGUUCCAUGAGUUCCUGGUCACAUCAUGGCUAUCAAACUACAGCUACCUGUGUCAGCCUGUUGAUUACAGCACCAGUCCACUGGCAAUGAGGAUGGCCAGUGUCUGCUGGUGGUUUUUCUUCUCCAAGGUCAUUGAGCUCAGUGACACGGUCUUCUUUAUCUUAAGGAAGAAGAACAGCCAGCUGACCUUCCUUCAUGUCUAUCAUCACGGCACCAUGAUCUUCAACUGGUGGGCGGGAGUCAAGUAUGUGGCUGGAGGACAGUCGUUCUUCAUUGGCCUGGUCAACACCUUUGUCCACAUUGUGAUGUAUUCUUACUACUGCCUGGCUGCGCUCGGUCCUCACAUGCAGAAGUACCUCUGGUGGAAACGCUACCUCACAUCUCUGCAGCUGCUGCAGUUUCUGCUGUUUAUCACACACACGGGCUACAACCUGUUCACAGAGUGCGACUUCCCUGACUCCAUGAACGUGGUCGUGUUUGGUUACUGUGUCAGCCUCAUCGUCCUCUUCAGCAACUUCUAUUACCAGAGCUACGUGAACAAGAAGAAGAAACAGAGAUAAGACUGUGGUGCAACAUGCAACCUUAUAGACAAUCACACACACUGUGGCUUUACCAGGGGAGCUGACAACAGCAAAGUGACAAAAUGUCCUAUACAUAUUGUGUAGGGUUUCCACUGGUGUCAGCAGUACUUGCUAAUAUCCACUAGAGGGCACAAGCUGCCCAUAAUGGGAUUGGUGCUCCUAAUGCUGUUCUUUGCUGCCACAUCCAUUCCACUGUAUACUCACACAUUGUUAAUUCAGUCACCCAUAAUGAGUUUUCCAAAUGAUGUGAAUAAAUAUACAGUCAAUAAAUAAUGCAAAUAAUUCAAGUUGCCACUAUGUUUUAUAUAUUUCACGUAGAGGGUCAAAUUCACAUUUGGAAAAACAAGCAAAACAAAAGAAACACUGUGUGAUUGUACAAUUAUUUAUUUCGUAAACUGGGAAAUGACAAACAUUCAAAUGAAGGUUUUAAACAAACUGUACAUUUUAUACACAUAAUAAAGUACAUUGGUUUCACCUCGGCAAUAUUGCAUAAUUAA